CAAGAGCAACCCGAGCUAAGAGGUUGGCGAAUGCACUGCCCGGAUCAUGUGCACUCUCUAGACAUGUGGCCUGGUAUAAACAGUCAGGGAGGACAUAGAGAUAGGGGCCUCUUUUGGCUGCAGCAUGCUCAGCUAAAGCAAGUGGAGAAACUUGUGGAAUCUUCUUACUGAAAUACAGAAAACUCUAAAAGCAGAAAACUAUUAUGGCGGCUGCCAGAGUGUCUUUGCCGGGGUCCUCAGACUCCAGCCUGGGAUUUGAUGACUACAGUCUCUACAGUAACCUGUCUGAUGAGGAGCUCUUGCAGUUAGCAAUCGAACGCAGCCUUGAAGAUUCACCAAACCUCACCUCCAAGACUGAAACCACAAAGACUUCAGUGCCCACGAGUAGCAGAACAGCUCCCCCAAUUACCCGUCCAGCACCGCCAUCUCGUCCAGCUGCUCAACCGCAGCCGGUACAACCUACUCCAGAGCCAUGCCCUGCCAACCCGCCCAGGGACACAAGUAAUGAACAAUCUCCUGUUAUAGUUAGUCAUUUCACCAGUGGUAAUGGAAAGCCAAUGGUGGCAUAUCGCAGAUAUGAUGGAACGCUGGUAGAAGUCAAGCCUGAAGCUGAAGUAGAAGAGGAUCCAAUAGUGAAGGCUAUUCGGAAUGGAGAUGUGGGACAGUUACGACAAAUCAUAAAGAAGCCAGGCUGCAACAUUCUUAUACCAAACCAAUAUGGAUGGAUUCCACUUCACGAAGCAGCGUACUAUGGCCAAGAUCAGUGUGUUAAAGCGUUACUGAGAGUACAACCUGGGAUGAUUAACAAGCGCACUCUGAGCGAGUCGACUGCCCUUUAUCUGGCUGUGUCCUCUGAGAAAGCAGACUGUGUGCAGUGUCUUCUGGAUAAAGGUGCGGAUCCAGAUCUUGCAAACAAAGACAAGGAGUCACCCCUAUAUAAAGCUUGUGAAAAGGAGAAUCCUGCAAUCGUUGCCAUGCUGCUGAAUCACGGAGCCUGUGUAAACAAGACUUCCAGUCAAGGAUGGACUCCUCUCCAUGAAGCUGUGUGCAGGAACAAUGUGGAGAUCUGUGACAUGCUCGUGAAGGCAGGCGCCAAAAUCAGCAUACCCAACAAUUAUGGCAUCACACCUAUCUUUGUGGCAGCCCAAAGCGGGAAAGUAGAUGCACUUCGGUUCCUGUUGAAACACGGGGCAGAUAUCAACAGCCAGGCAGCAGAUGGAGCCACAGCACUGUAUGAAGCCUGUAAGAAUGGUCACGUUGACAUUGUGCAGUUUCUUCUGUCUCAGAAUGCAGAUGCCAACAAGCCUGGUAAAACUGGACUACUGCCAAUACAUAUUGCUGCUCAGCGUGGAAAUGACAGCAAUGACCUCCUCACUUACGGGUGUACCCGCAAAAGUGACAAGGCGGUUAAGAUCGUGUCUUUGCUGAUUCCAGCCACCAGUAAGGCCCGAGUGAGACGCACUGGCAUUAGCCCGCUACAUCUGGCUGCAGAACGCAACAGAGACGAUGUUUUGGAGUUGCUGAUUGAGACAGGCUUUGAUGUCAAUGCCAUGCUCUCUGAGGAACGCAGUAUGCUGUACGAAGACCGCCGCAGCACCGCUUUGUACUUUGCCGUCAUUAAUAACAACAUUGAUGCAACCACCAUGCUGCUGGAGGCCGGCGCCAACCCUAACCUGGACACCUUCAGCGCCCUGCUGGUGGCCUUGAGGCAGGGCUGCAUGAGCACCGUGAGGUUACUUAUAGAGCACGGCGCAAACGUAAAUGCCUAUGUCCUCACACACCCUACUACCUUCCCAGCCAGCAUAAUGUUCUGCAUGAAGUACCUUACCAUGCUCAAGUACUUAAUGGACAACGGCUGCGACGCUCUGUCAUGUUUCAACUGUGUGUAUGGCAGCAACCCUCAUCCACCUCUGAAGACUCGGCGCUCUGAACGAGAUGAUACAUCACAGAAAACCUGUGUGCAGUUCUGUGAAGUGGUCUCCACUGACACCUACAGUCGCUGGGCAGGACCCAUUAUAGAUGUGCUGCUGGAUUAUGUGGGUGAUGUUAAACUCUGCGCCAGGCUGACUGAACACUUGGACAGCUACCCCGAUUGGGAAAACAUAAAAGAGAAAGCAACACCUCCACGGCCACUGAUGCAGCUCUGCAGGCUGAAGAUCCACCAACUUCUUGGUUCUAACAGAGUGAAGAAGAUCAAAAAGCUGCCCGUUCCUGGAGGACUGAUCCGGUUCCUGAAUCACGAGGAACGCUCAUAUGAUCUAUAAGUCUUCUGGGGAUGACAGUGACAGUAAACACAAAUGAGGAAAAGUAGAGAAAGCAAAUUAUCAUCCUGCAUAUUUUAUCACUACAAACAUCUACAUGUACAGUGCAUACACAGCCCUUCAACACUGUAGAUGUAUUUAUGAGUGUAUAUAUUUUUCAAAGCUUUUUGUAUGCAUUUGUAUUUCAAUGUAAUUAAGAGCUUAAUUUCAAAUAAUUGCAGCUUAGGGUGUUAAAAAAUAUAGUAAGGUAAUAAAAAACAAUUAAUGUGACUUUAGUCUUUUUAGUCUUUUACUAAAUUAUACUUGGAUAGCAGAUAAUCCUGGAUGUUAUUGAAUUUAUUUUUUACCGUAAUUAUUUAGAUUGAUUUUGGUGAUAUUGUUAAAUCAAUACUGCUUCUGUGCCAAUGAUGAGUUGAUAUUUAUUUUAUAUAAAAAACAGACAUUAAUAAAUAUUUCACUAAAACCAAAGUUUUAAAGUUUUUAACUGUUGAAUUUAUUUUACAUAAAAAAUUAAAAAGUUAUUUUUGCAAUUAAACAGUUUUUCACUGAUAAUAACCUAAUCCAAAAGAUGUAAAAACUAUCACCACUUGAAAAAUACCCAAAAGUAAUAGAUUUUUCAUAAAGCCACAUUUAUCUUGUUUGUAUACCAAUGAAAGGCAACAUUGACCAAAUACAUUACAUUACAUUACAUUUCAUUUGGCAGAUGCUUUUGUCCAAAGCGACUUACAAUAAUGAAGUACAAAAGUAAUAGGAAUUUAGAUAACCCAUUUUUAGAUAGGGCUUAAAGGAGGUCGAAGGGAAAUAAAGGGAUAGAGAAGUGAAGGAGGGGAAGA